UGCAAAGUAAAUUAAUCCAAUACUCGUAUAUCACAUCACAUUACAAUAUGUUAUUGCAAACUACGUACGAUACGAGUACUUAUACUCCAAGUGUCAACUUUUUUUUUUUCAUACAUAUGUAAGAAUAUUAUAAAAGUUGGUUAUUACGAAAAUUUUAAAUAUGUCGAACAUUGUUUUCAAAACAUAUUUUAUCUGAAAUUUUUUAUUUGAAAUAAUAGAUGGUAGCUUUGCUGCAAUUCAAGCCGGGUCAGCUAAUUUAACCUUAAAUAAGAAGUUGCUGUUUAACAGGAAAAGAAACCUCAAAUCUGUGGAAUUUUAUUUCAGUUUUCAAAUGUAAAUUAAGUUUUAUGACGUCAGAAAAAUUUCAUUUGCGCAAUUAUGGCAAAUGGAAAAGUUUCCAAACUUGCUAUAUCAAGUAGAAUAAUUGUAAUAUGUUUGCAGUUUAUUGCAAAUGUGUUGAUACCAGAUCACAAUCCAGAUGUUUUUAAAUCUCCGAAAACCUUGAGUUCAACUCCUUUCAUCAUAGAUAAAUUAUCAGAAUUUCUUUUUGGCGGAUUUAGAAGAUGGGAUGCAGAAUACUUCUUGCACAUUGCAGAAUAUGGUUAUACAUACGAAAAUAACUUGGCAUUCUAUCCACUUUAUCCAAUAAUAAUACAUUAUUGUACUAAAAUUGCUCUAGCAAUGACAUUUUAUACAUGCUCUUUUAGAGCGGCAUCUUUAGUGGUUAGUAUAUUGUUAAACGUGUAUUUUUUUCAUCGGGGAGCAAAUUGCUUAUAUGAAUUAACACAACGAAUAUUUGGUGAUCCUAACAAAUCAUGGAUGGCGGUAGUAUUAUUUUGCUUUAAUCCAGCAUCAAUAUUUUUCUCAGCACCUUACUCCGAGUCGCUUUAUUGUUGGCUUAGUUUUAGCCUAAUGUUAAGUUGUGUAAAUCAUCUACCAUUUUAUAAAACUACUGCUGCUUUGGGAUUGAGUAUUUUAUGCCGUUCGAAUGGAUUUUUGAACAUUGGUUACCCUGUAUAUUUUACAUUCAGAAAAAUCUACCUGAAAAAAAAUUUUUGGGAUCUUUUCAAAUUAGUUGCUAUUUUAGGAUUAGCCUUAAUACCUUUAUCAAUUUUCAAUUUUUUUAUGUUUCAAAAUUUCUGUCUGCAGUCUUCUGAUGUACAACAUUCACACUUUAUAAUUGAAUAUGCAAAACAACGGAAUUAUGUCCUGGCAGGUCCCAGGAUUUCCUCAAAUUCACCAUGGUGUGAUGAAAAUAUUCCAUUUCCAUAUUCAUAUGUCCAAAAUCAUUAUUGGGAUCUUGGUUUUUUAAAAUAUUACAAAUUUAGACAAAUACCAAACUUUUCUCUAGCUUUUCCGAUUUUAUUGUUUUUAUUUACAAAUAUUUUUAGAUGUAUGAAAAAGUUGUAUUCCCAUUUUAAUAUAAAUGGCUUUAGUUCAACAUUAAAAGAAUGGAAAUCAUUACCAUUUAUUUUGCAUUGCUUAAUAUUAGUAAUUUUUUGCACGUUGUUUGUUUACAUUCAAGUUUGUACUAGACUCUUAGCUUCGGCCAACCCUUGUUUAUUUUGGUUUGCUGCUGAUUGCCUACCAAAGACAUUCGAUCAAAUUAAUUUUAAAAGAAAGUAUUCACUUUUACUUUAUUGGUUUGGUGGAUAUUUUUUAAUAGGAACUACACUUUUUUGUAACUUUUAUCCAUGGACGUGAUUUUUACCUUUAUUUUUCCAACUCGCACAAAGUUUAAUUGAAAAUCUAAAUAUGGACUUAAUAAAAACUAUUAAACAACUGAAGAUUAUCACGGACAGUUUUGAUAAAAAAAAGCCAUGAAAUGGUUAUUGUAUAUAGAUAUUUAGGCUAAUUGAAAAUUAAAAAUUUGUGCUUUUUCUUUAAA